CCCGCUAGACCAGAAGCGGUUCAACUCGUGCAUGUGUUGCCCUGCGCUCGCUUACGGACUGGAGUCUGGAGAAGUAUUCAGGGCGGAUUUCUUUUCGUUUUCAAACGCAUCCGCAGGCGAACUGCGUAUCCUUGACUCAGUGAUUGACGUGAGAAAUCGUGAGGAGAAGUUUCGAAUUUUUGUUAGGAUCGACAGCAGCAUUAGGUUUUCUUUCGGACUAGGGAAAGGAUUCUACAUUCACCACCGGACCAAGACAUAGGAUUUAAACAUGUAAACUGCAUUUAAACAUGUAGAAAACGCCUGCUGGCAGACGACUGGUCCAAAACGGCACUAUUCAUCCCAAGCCGUGAGCCAUGACUUUUUGUCCGGAGUGGAAAUGUUUUAUCGGAAAGCCUUGAUGAUCUGUGCUGAACUCACCCUAUCCGUUAAACCAUGAAACAUAGAUGAUGUUUAAUAUUGCUACAGAUAGGGGAACGUCCAGGUCGUUCUCUAAUAAUUUUGAGGAUUUUGAUUCCAUACGCAGGGUGCUUCUUUACAGCGACCUAGAGCCAGAAUGGCUGGACGACGUCCAGAAGAACGGCGAGCUCUUCUACCUGGAGCUGAGCGAGGGCGAGGAGGAGGCGGCAUUAGCUCAGGCCGCCGCCAAUAAUGGCCUCCCCACCAAUCACGUGCACUUCAGUGAGAAGGAGGCGGAGAUCAUCAGCGAGGAGUGCAGGAAGCGUUCUGAUGGCACUCCAACCAAAGGAGAGCCCAAGCUGAAAAGACUUGCCAGGAUCCUACGGAGGAAGAGGUGGCCAUCCCAGCGGAGUGGGCCCGACGGAGGAGCCAAAGACUCGUCAUCGCUUCCGACGUCCAUCUUGAAAAACCAGGCGGGGCAGAGGGCGGGGCUGGUGGUCCAGCAGCAGCAUCUGAAAGAGGUGUGUGUCUACCUGAACCCCAAACGGCUGGGCAGCUGCUCACCUCCUCCCCCGGAGAGAGGGGGUCUACUGGAGGCUCUGCUGGGGGUGGUGCAUCGCCCGUCCUGGGGCCAGGGAGACCCUGCCGGGGGGAGAGGGGAGAGGAUCACCGUCCACGGCCUGGUGCCCAACAGCCCCGCCAUCAAGUGUACACAGAUACUGAUUGGUGACGACCUAGUGGCAGUGGACGAUGUGGAUGUUACCACAGAGAACAUUGAGAGGGUUCUCUCCUGCAUUCCUGGGCCUACACAGGUGAAACUGACCCUGGUGACAGCAAGUGCAGGGGGGUGUGUGGACGUGUCCUCUGCCCCCAGGCUCAGGCCCUCUCCCCCGGUCAGCCAGCUGGUGCGUCUGCUGUGGGGCGAGGACACGGUGGAGCUCCAGAUGUCUAUAGGACACAUCCCUCACAUCGUCAUGUACCUGUCACUCAAACUGGACUCCGACUCCCCCCUGGAAGAGCAAGAGAUCCUGUACCAGUACCCUGUUUCUGAGGCGUCCAGCCAGCUGAAGGGAGUCCGAGGGAUCUUCCUCACUUUGUGUGACAUGCUGGAGAAUGUCACCGGGGGACAGAUCGUCAGCUCGUCUCUCCUGCUCCGUAAACAGCUGGUCCAUGUGGGCUACUGGAAGGAGAGCAACAACCUGCUGGUGAUCGGCCUGCCUGCUGAGAGGGUUCCUCUGCUCUCUCUGCAGACGGUAGUGGGAGGUGUGGUCAGGACUCUCAACGUGAUGUAUGGCUCUCUGGGCAGUGCAUUUUGCCAGGUGGACCAUGCCCCCAGACUGGACCAUUUCUUCUGCCUGUUCUUCCAGCAGCUGAUCCACCCCUCCAGGUUGAGUGGCAGCUCCGUGGCCACGCCCCCUGAUGUCUCGGAGACUCUCUUCCUGGACGGACUGCCGGCGGUCCGAUGGCUCACCCUGCCUCCUGAGAUAAAGAUGGAGGUUGACACUGUUCUCUCAGACUUUGAAUCGUCAGAUUUUGGAGAAAUGUCAGAAGACUUCUAUGGCAUGAGGCGUCUCUACGUGACGCUGGGCUCCUGUCUGUUCUACAAGGGCUACCUGAUAGCCAACCACCUCCCCAAGGAGGACCUGCUGGAUGUUUGUCUGUACUGCCAGCACUACUGUCUCCUCCCCCUGGCAGCAGAGCAGCGUGUGGGCCAGCUGGUCAUCUGGAGAGAGGUGUUCCCACAACAUCGCACCCAGAACCCCCAGACACAGACCAAUAACAACCACUGUACCAGGCCCGGCUACUGCCAGCCACAGGGACGCUACUUCCUGCUCAUAGUGGGACUGAGGCAUUUCAUGCAGUGCGUCCUCCUGGAGGCAGGGGGCUGUGCGUCCCCUGCCCUGGGGGCCCCGGGACCUGACUGUGUGUACGUGGACCAGGUCAAGGCCACCCUCCUGCAGCUGGAAGGGCUGGACGUAGGGAUGGAGGAACGCCUGGCCGCCCCGCCCGCACCCUGCCUCUCUUGUGCUGACUGGUUCCUCCCCUCCUCUGCCCGGGACAGGUUGGACACCAUGGCUGCAUCGUCCCCUGUCCUCAGUAAGCUGGCUGGGGCUGUGAAGCCACCGUCCUCCGCCCAGGGAGGGGGGAAGGGAGUGGGCAGGAGCCUCUUCGGAGGGGGUGCCCGGAGACCUAGCCCCCAGAGGAGUCAGUCGGAUAGUGGGAGCGAGGGACAGCCGGAGGGGGGUGUAGGAGGGCAGACAGGGCUCAGUCCACACUCCACCCCGGACUCAGCCCGGAAGCUGGACGGGCGGAGAGACUCGUUGGGUUCGGGUGGAUCUGAUGGGAGUGGAGCCAGUGGAAGUAUUUUCAAGAUUCCCAAGAUGAAGCACCCUAACCCAUUCUACCUGGGCACCCUGAAGAAGAGUCUGACAGAGAGAGAGACAGAGGAGAUGUACCACACCAUUAAGUUGACAUCUGGGGCAGAAAACACUCUGUUCCACUAUGUGCUGAUGGAGACAGUACAGGGCAUCUUCAUAGCUCCUACACACAGGGAGCUGGCCCAGCUCAGCGGCUCCAUCCACCCUCAGCUCAUACGUAACUUCCACCACUGCUGCCUCUCCAUACGGGCCACGUUCCAGCAGAGUCUACCGUCCAGGCAGGGUAGGCGGGGUACAGACAGACUGGGCCCAGUGAAGGAACACGGGGUUCUGUUCCAGUGUAAACCUGAGAACUGGACCGACCAGAGGAAGCCUGCUCCCACCAUGACCUACUGGGUGAUAGGCCGGAUGCUUCUAGAACCCGUCCCUCAGGAAUUCUAUGUGUGUUUUCAUGACUCCGUGGCAGAGGUUCCCGUGGAGAUGGCCUUCCGCCUAUCUUUCGGCCUGGCCUUGUGACGAGCCGUCUGCCUAGUCUCUUAAUGAACUCUGAUAACACUACUACCUACAGACAGCGGUGCACAACCCUGGGUUCUUUUCAUUAGGCAUCAAAUGGGAGAAAACUGAUAGAAACAGGGAGGGGCUACCUGAACUCCAAUAAGAACCGCUUGUUUGUUUCCCGUCACAAAAUAUUUUACAACAGUACACCCUAAUGAACACGACCCUGGUCUUCAACGUUUCAUAGUCGACCUCAACGCCUGCUUACUGUCUGUCUGAGAUAUUGCGGGAACUAAGACUUGUCUUGUUCCAGACAGACAUUGAUCACCUGACAGCAGAUAAAAGGAACGACCAAGGUUGUUCUCUGUUAGACUUGGACCAGCUCCAGUGGAACAGCAGGGGACAACGCUGUGGAACAUUCAGAUAGAAAAAACAUGGCUGAUAUGUAGAAUAUUAUUGUAAGGAAUCACAUCAGCUCUAUUCAUUGCAUUUCUAUCUGUAACGUCUCACUACACUUGCCUACUGAACGAAGCCCUGGGUUUACUGGAUGCAACAAUUUUGUGUCCGAAAUGGCACCCUACUCCGUAUUGAGUGCACAGCUUUUGAAUCUGGUCAAAAGUAGUGCACUAUGUAGGGAAUAGUGUGCCAUGUAGGACAAGCCACUAAACUCAAUAAUACCUCAGAAAACAGGCUGCAGGGAAAGCAUUUUGCUGCUGUUCUGACUGUAGAAAUAUCUCAUUCUAGUUCAGUGGUUCUGACAUUGCUGUUCACUUAAAGGUGCUACACAUAGGAUUUUUACUUUUUAAUUUCUGAAAAUGUCCAUAAUAUAUCUGCAGUAAUAGUGGAAUGACAGUGUUUCACAGUACUACUUACCCACCAGUGUUAUGAUUGGCUGUGAUAUUCGCCUAUUGAUUUUGGCCCGCCAGAGCAGCAUCUGACUUUGGCUGUGUUAUCUAGUGGAAAUCGCUCUGUCAUUUCCUGGUUGCAAAAAUUCUACACUGUUCGCGUGAAAACAAGCACUGGAUAGUGUAGGGAAUCAUUGUACAAUCUAAAUUGCUGUGAAAUAUCUUGCAAUUCACCUAGCAUAAGGCUGCAUUCAAAACAAAACUCCCCCUCAUCCCAUUUCCCCGUAACAUGGCAGAGAAUUGCACUUGAGCCUUUACUUUGGGUUUUGGUCCACCAGCUCAAACAUCUGACAGCUGAAAUUGCAGUGCAAAAAUCCUAUGUGUAGCACCUUUUAAGUGUGCCUGACCAAAUAAUGUGACUGCUCUUGCUUGCUAGCCUCUCCACAUUGGCAUGGCAACCGCCUUAAGUGGAGUUAAAUUCCUAUAUGUUGUUGAUUGUGGGGGGGUAUUGUAUUUAAGAUGUACAGUAUUUUGCAUAGAAGUCAAAUAAUUUGUGAUACAAAUGCACCUUUGAGUCUGUUGAUUAAAAUAAAAACCUGUUUUGGUU